GACAGACAGAGAGAGAGAGAGACAGAGACAGAGACAUAGAGAGAGAGAGAGAGACAGACAGAGAGAGAGAGAGACAGAGACAGAGACAUAGAGAGAGAGAGACAGACAGAGGAGGGGUAACCUGCACCUGCACAUGGAGGAAGUCUCUCUCUCUCUCUCUCUCUCUAUGUCUCUCUCUCUCCUUCCCGUUCACUCCUAAUAGGAUAAUUGAUAGAAAGCCUAAAUAGUCGAUAACAGGAGGACUCAGAAAGGUCGUCUGGAGCUCCGAAGAGAAACUUUGAUGCGUUGCUGGCUCUCUUCUCUUCUUCUCUUCUUCUCUCUUCUCUUCUUCUUUUCUCUUCUUCUCUUCUCUCCUCUGCUCCUCCGACCGAGCAGCAAGUUGCAGCAGCAGGUCUGUGACUCUGAGCUGCUCCGGAGAUGCUCUGACUGACUGAGAACAACUAGAAAACACUUUUCUGCCGUCUGGACAUCCGCACUUUACAGAUAUGGAUCAGAGAGCACUGUGUGCCGGAUGUCACCAGCUGAUCACUGAUCGGUUCCUGCUCAGAGUCACUGACGGCCUCUGGCACGAGGAGUGUGUGCGGUGCGCCGCGUGCGGAGACGCGCUCAGGAACUCCUGUUUUCUGCGGGACAGAAAACUUUACUGCAAGCGGGACUAUGCUGAGCUGUUUGCAGUGCGUUGUGGGGGCUGUGUGGAGGCCAUCUCUCCUGCUGAACUGGUGAUGCGUGCGGGGGCCGCUGUGUUCCACCUGCGCUGCUUCACCUGCAGCGUUUGUUCCUGCCGCCUGCAGACCGGAGACCGCUGCGUCCUCAGGGAGGGACGGCUACUGUGUGCCAGAGAUGACUACCACCAGUGUGUGGCCAGCCCAACCUCUUCCGACACAGGUAAAAGUGAAGAGGAAGAAGAGGAGGAGGAGGAGGAAGAAUCUGGGAGGGUCACAGGCAGACGAGUCAGAUCAGAAGACCCGGAUAGCAAACGUCCCAAAAGGCCGCGCACUAUCCUGACAACCCAACAGAGACGGACCUUUAAAGCCUCCUUCGAGGUUUCAUCCAAGCCCUGCCGAAAGGUAAGGGAGACCUUGGCAGCAGAGACUGGUCUGAGCGUCCGGGUUGUGCAGGUCUGGUUCCAGAACCAAAGAGCCAAAAUGAAGAAGCUGGCCAGGAGACAGCAGCAGCAGCAGGAGCAGCAGCAGACUCAGGAGCAGCGGGAGCACCCGUCACAUCACACAGCGCCCUCCUGUGGCGGUUUGACCUCUGAGCUGGAGCACCUGGGGUCCUCCUAUAGCCACAUUCAGCAGCAGCAGAUGGGACUCACCACACUGGAGCAGCAGGACUACGACAUGGACCCCUUCAGACAGGGCCUGACCCCUCCUCAGAUGCCGGGGGAUCACAUGCACCCCUACGGUUUUAAGGGUCUGUACGGUGACAUGGACAGAGACCCUCUGUGUCACGUGGCUGACAGCGACUGCCUGUCCCUUGGUGACUCCUCUCUGCUCACCCCCAUCGACCGCCUCUACUCCAUGCAGGACUCUUACUUCACCUCCUGAGGGUGGAGGUCGGACUCCCUCACUCUGCAUCGCUCCACGUUCUCAUCAUUUAUCUGUCUGUACUGUGCACAAGGUAGCUGAAGAAGUGGUGGCCAAGGGGACGUGGGUACACUGUGAUACCAUGCAAUAUACCAUGUGCACGUGCAUAUAGACAUGAUUACACUACUGCCUCUUAUGCUUUACAAUCCCACUGUACGACACAGGCUCCUGUGUAUGCACGAUAUACUGUCGGACCUCUCUCACUACGUUUGAAUGUUAGAUAUUAUUACUGCAUCUACUGAUGUAAAUAACUGUUUGGGUGUGUAUUUAUUCUCACAAUGCGUGUAUGCUGUUCAUCUUGAAUGAAUCAAUAAAUAAU